AUGACAAUGAACCGGACGACGAGCUUCUUGUUGUUAUCAAAUGAGCUGUUUUACCAUCAUAUUUUCAUCUAUCUGUGCUCGAUCGACAUUUUCGAGGCAUUUUAUGAAACUGGAAAUAUCCGUCUAGCUUCUCUGGCUCGAAUGUACAUUAAACAUGUUGAUUUGGCGAGUGCGUCUAUUGUUGCUGCACAUGAGUGGAUACGUUUCACAGAAGAUCGAAUUUUAUCGCUUCGCAUCAGCAGCGAUCAUCUCGAUGAUCGCCUUUUCCCAAUUCUUUCGAAACUCGCCCGUGUCGAUUUGUUGAUGACAGCGUCACCAAGCAAUGCACCGGAUAUCACUUAUUUGAUUACAAUGAAUAAAUUAAAAUCAUUCUCGAUUCGUUUUUCUCCAACCAAUCGACCUAAAAGAAUUCCAAAACUGGCGUCAUUGAUCUGGCAUUCGGAUUGUUCUGUAGAACAUUUUUCUACUUGGAAUUCAUUCGUAUUGGUCAAAAAAGAUCUGUUUCCAACGUCAUCAUGCUCUUUGAUGAUCAAUAAACACAUCACUCGUCUGUCACUGGACUUAAGUCAUCUUGGUCUUGCACUUGCGUUAAUGCCAUACGUACCUGCCCUUGAACACUUCGAGAUUCGUCUAUAUGAUAUACGUCUACAAUAUUCAACGAUGACGUCGGAAUUUCUACAAGGACGAACGUGGAGCGCGAAAGUCAAAUCGUUACAUGUGAUUGCUUAUGAUCAACUAGUGAAUACAAAAAGCUUUUGCGGGUUUGUGAAGUUGUUCGCUUGCUCGCUUGAGCAUUUAUCAUUCUACAUUGGUACACAACAGUGUUAUCUCAUGCUUGGACGACGUUCAUUUGAGCGACAUCUUCUCUCUCAUUUACCAAGUUUGAAACAGCUUAAUUUCUGUGUCUACAGUGGAUUGAUGAAUUCAGACGACGAUCGUCGUCAAACAUUUGACAGCUGGACAAAAACACAAGUCAUUUCAAUUUUUCACAGACGUCAAAGUCAUACACGAUUCACAUUACCAUUUGUCUUUGAUCGCUCAGGAGUCCAUCUCACACUAAACGAUUGUAUCGGAUUGCCUUCCAUCACGAACUUUCCAGUACCCCAUUGCGUUUUAAUACCUGCUACUAUUUCGACGGGCCCGAAUCCGACGGCUUCAGCGAUAUCUUUCAUAACUUUAGGGUAUUGUCCAUAG